AUGCCCGAUGGCAGACCAAUUGUCCAGCCUUACUAUAUUACGAGCCCUGACUUGUAUGAUCCGGCUAAAGUGAAGCGUGCGAUUAUUAUUUUCCCCGGUAAGCCACGAGACUCGUGGAAGUACGCGAACUUAGUGUAUAACGCGCUGGCCUAUGCUAUCUCGCAACCUGAUACCUAUCAUAUUAACCCAGGUGAAGUUAUUAUUCUUUCUCCAGCCGUUUUGAACGAAGAUGACAAAAAUAACGGUGGUGCUGAAGACAACUGGGUCGUGUAUCAGCGCUCAAAUUGGGAAAUGGGUGGCAUCUCACAUGCCCCACCUAUGAAUUCUUCAGUGACAUUCUAUUCCGUCCUGGACAAAAUGAUUGGUCAACUUAACAACCGAACUUUAUACCCCAAUCUGAAUCAGGUUGUUGUAGCGGGACACUCAUUAGGUGGCCAAGCCUCUUUGCGCUAUGGUAUGACGCGUAAACAGCGCCAUUACGACUCCAAUGUCCGCUUUUGGGUCGGCAACCCAGGCUCUUAUACUUGGUUGACAAACGACACCACUACCAAGCCCAUCCCCUUCCCGAUCACACAGAACCAAGAAGAUUGUUCGGGCACAGUGGACAAGUGGCCCUAUGGCUUUGGCAACAGGUCAGCGCUGACAAAGUAUGCUCGUACUCGCAUCUUUGAAGAUGUACCUGCUGCCAUUAAUCUUUUCCGCUGGCGAACUGUGCAUUAUGCUUUUGGAUUGCUUGAUAACGGUGGUGGUGACACACAUUGCGAAGCGCAAUACCAGGGGUACAACCAUUUGCAACGUGGCUCUAACUUUGUCAUGUCACUGGCGAAUAUGCCAGAAGGCUGGCCUACGAAUCACUCGCUGAGCUACGUUGCUGGUGUGUCCCAUCAAGACUAUGAGAUGUUGGCUGCCACGCAAUCCAUGAAUUAUAUCUUUACGUCGGACUAUAAUGUUCGAUACCCGGAUUUGUGGGAUCCAAAUGCGAAGAAAUCCAAGCAACCAAAGCAACCUGCCACUACGGACCCCUACAAUGAUGAGCAUGCGUGGGAGGGCCCUGUGUACCGCACUGUGGCAUGGGUGAUUCUCGUUGUGUACAUCGUGCUCAUCAUUGCAUGCCUGUUUGUUUGCCAUCGCUUGUUUAAGGCAAACGCAAAUGAUUGGGACCGUGAUUAUUGGGAGUAUGACAGUAAACGCCGUCUGUUAUGA